AUGGGUCCUUUUACUCUCCUGAUUGCCCUUGCGCUGGUCUUCUCCUACCCGCUAUAUAGACUGUUACAGGUUGGCCGUCGACACCCUCGCAUGCCCCCAGGGCCACCCACCAUUCCAAUCCUCGGCAACGCCCACCAGAUACCGAUCACGGGGCUGGGUAGAAAGUUCAAGACAUGGGCUGAUAUAUACGGACCAAUUUUUUCUUUGAAAAUUGGUCCUACCAACGUGGUCGUCCUAUGUGAUCGGCGAGCUAUCAACAACCUCUUAGACAAGAAAGGCAGUAUCUACUCGGACCGGCCAUUCAAUUACGUCUCCAACUUCGUGACUCAUGGCGACCAUUUGACCCUCGAAUCUCAAGGCGCUUCGUGGAGAGAGAAGCGAUCCGUCGUGACCCGAAACCUGAACCCUAAGUCGUUAGAUGAGAAACACUGGAAGAUACAGGAAGCAGAAGCGGUUAUAUUCAUGAAUAACAUUCUUAAGGACCCAGCAAGAAUAUUCGACUAUGCCCGGUUGUAUACUGUCUCAGUGGCGGGGUCUCUUAUAUGGGGCCACAGGGCUACAAGUCUGGAGUCGUUUUGGUACAAAGACUUUUACGAGCUAAUGGACCUGUGGCUUAAAGUCCAGGAACCAGGAGCCAAUCCCCCAAUUGACGAGUUCCCGAUUUUGAAAUACCUUCCGGGAGGUUGGAAGAGCAGGGCCGAUAAGUGCCGCAAAAUGAUGGACGAAAUGUGGGAUAAGGCUCGAGCUAUCGUCGAUGAGCGAAGAGCACGCGGAGACAAAAGAGACUGCUUUAUUGACGCCAAAAUUGACGAAUAUAACGAUAAAGGCUGGCCUUUAUCAACACACGCCUUCAAUAAUCUAUUCGGAGAGCUCCUCGAGGCAGGCGCAGAUACAACCGCAAAUCAUAUUCUGACAUUGAUUCUAGCCAUGGCCAAAUAUCCUCGGAUCCAACAAAAGGCAAGAACCGAGAUCGACGCUAUUUGCGGAACGGAGCGAGCUCCCUUGUUCUCGGAUUUUGAUAAGCUGCCGUAUAUCAAUUGUAUCGUCAAAGAAGGGAUGAGAUGGCGACCUACGGCUCCUGCCGGCUUACCUCAUUUGGUCGUUCAAGAUGAUGAAUACGAAGGAAUGUUGAUACCUAAGGGCUCGAUGGUGUUUAUCGGGAUAUGGGCCCUGCACCACAGUGAAUCGGAUUUCCCGAAACACGACCAUUUCAAUCCAGACCGCUACAUGGACCAUCCCAAGAUGGCUAACGAGUACGCAGUCAGUCCUGACUAUAACAACCGAGAUAAAAUGUGCCCCGGCCUACACUUAGCCGAACGUAAUAUGUGGCGGAUCGCAUCUAAGCUACUGUGGGCAUUCGAUAUUUCUGAGCCUAAGGAUCCCGUUACCGGCAAGGUCAUUCACCUCGAUGAAAAUGCAUACACGUCGGCUAUCCUAAUGUGCCCAUUACCGUUUAAGGUUGAUAUCGUGCCGAGAAGCCCAGAACAUCUUGCAUGUAUUGAGCGGGAACUAUCGAGUGCAAUGGGUUUUAUGUCCAAGUGGAACUAG